GAAAGCAGAGGCUCUGGAGUCUGGGACCAAGCAGUUUGAGGAGCUGGAGUUCUGCCAGCUGGAGGAGGAGAGCAGUUUGGAGGAGAAGAAAGACACGAAGAACUCACAGCUUCUCCAAGAGCGAGCCGAGUAUCACUGCAGCGUGGCCAAGAGGAAGGAGAAAAUGGCCGCUAUGGAAGCUCAGGUGAAACAGAUGGGAGUGCAGGCGUCUCAAGACUGUGACAGGAUGGCUAAAGACAGGAUAGUGACUCUGCAGCUGCUACACAAGGAGCAGGACAGGUUGUGUGCCCUGGAGAAGAAGUACCACACCUUAACGGGAGGACGAAACUUCCCAAAGCCUAAAAGCAACAUGGCAGAGGAAUUUCUCCACAUCAGCGAACCAGACCUUGCUAAUGUGGACGGUCCUCCUCAUAGCCCCUGUCCCUCCUCUGCCUCCUCCUCUCACAUCCCCUACCCUGAACUCUACCCUGUUAGGCCACAAGAGGAGUACCUCAGGCUGUCCGAUGUCUUUAAGAUGUAUGGGAACGCUUCUAUGCAACCUUCUCCCCCCGCUGCUCUCCACUGCCUCUCCCUGGCUGUAGCUCCAGCUCUGCCAUGUGAGGAGUACAUCACAGUCAGUCAGUUAAGCCAGAUCUUUGGGAUGCAGAGACUCGAUCCCACCUCUUCUUCCUCUAUUCCAUCAUUCCAACUCGCCUCCUCUGAAUCCACCUUCUCAUGCCACUCAACAGCAUGUGGUCCUUCCUCCUUUCUCUCUGCCCAGAGCCAUCCUGAGCUGAGCAGGAACACAAUGGCUCCCAUUAACCUGGAGCGCUGGUACCAGGACAUCAUGGCUGCUGGAGAGCCUCGGCCAUGUCCUCCACCUCUGCCUGCAAAGUCUUUUUCUACACGCAGACACAGUCAGUUAUUGAGGUCCAGAUCAGAUGCUGAGGUUGGACAGGCAGCAUCGGGCACCCUGCCACACCCCACUGGUGCUAAUGAGAAAACCAAGGGGCUGCAGUUAAUGCUGUCGAACCCCUUAGACAUGGAGUCCAGGAGGCAGAUGGCGCUGCAGAACAAAGAUAUAUCUCCCACAAUGCAUCACUCCAUCCUGCACCACCAGGCGCCCCCCAGCGGUAGCCAGGCGUACGACACCCUGAGCCUGGAGAGCUCCGACAGCAUGGAGACCAGCGUCUCCACCGGCAACUCCGCCUGUACCCCAGAAAGUGCCUGUGGGAUGGAGGCCCAGAGGAUAGAGGAGAUGGAGAAGAUGCUGAAGGAGGCGCAGCAGGAGAAAGCUAGACUGAUGGAGAACCGAGAGAGGGAGGUGCAGGCGCGGCGGCAGAUGUUGGAGGAGGAGCGGAGGAGGAGAGAAGAGGCCGAGAGGAGGCUGCAGGACGAGACCACCCACAGGCUGAGGCUGGUGGAGGAGGAGGUGAAGAUGAGAGAGAAACACUUCUCACAGGCUCGUCCAAUGACGCGCUACCUUCCGAACAGGAAGGAGGAGUUUGACCUGCGAGCGCACGUGGAGUCGUCGGGCCACAGCGUCGACAUCUGCCCCUACGUCAUCCUCACGGAGAAGAUGUGCAAGGGCCACCUGGUGAAGAUGGGCGGCAAAAUUAAAUCUUGGAAGAAACGCUGGUUCGUUUUUGACCGCGUCAAGAGGAACUUCUGUUAUUAUGGGGACAAGCAUGAGACCAAGCUGAAAGGACUCAUUUACUUCCAGGCCAUUGAAGAGGUGUAUUAUGAUCACCUGCGCAGUGCCACCAAGAGCCCCAACCCGUCUCUGACCUUCUGCGUUAAAACCCACGACCGCCUGUACUACAUGGUGGCCCCGUCCCCGGAGGCCAUGAGGAUCUGGAUGGAUGUCAUAGUGACGGGCGCCGAGGGAUACACGCAGUUCCUGAGCUGAGGGACAGAUUCGGAGGAAAAAGCAGAGACGCAGACACCCUUAAAGGAGGCGGGAAACAAGAAGACCUGUGGCGUGAAAGU